GAAUCAAGAGAGAGGGGGGGAAGUUUUCACAGACGGGACAGCGUUGCCUAGCAGCCAGGCAGAGGACUCUUGUUACUUCACGUUGCCUUUUUUGUUAACCGUAUAUCGAGGGACCGCGGAUAUUUCCCCCUCUCUGUCUGCCUGUCAUCUGUCUGCUUCCCUCUCGCAGUCUAUAUUACCAAACAUGACCCAGACCGUGACACUAAAGGGACCCUCUCCUUGGGGUUUUCGACUGGUGGGUGGACGAGAUUUCAGCACACCGUUAACCAUCUCCAGGGUAACACCAGGCAGCAAGGCGGCCCAAGGUGACCUGUGUCCAGGCGACACCAUCUUGGCUAUAAAUGGCGACAGCACAGAGCUCAUGACACACAUGGAGGCUCAGAACAGGAUCAAAACCUGCAAUCAGCAGCUCACACUCAACAUCAGCAGGUCGGGAUCAGGAGAUAGAGUGUGGUCCCCAACCGUUAGUGACGAUGGCAAGACAAGCCCUUACAUGGAGCCUGACUCACAGAAUUUCCGUCCUAUCACCAGCGGAUAUGGCGGUUCCAGUCGCAAACCUUCGUAUACCCCUGAACCCCAGUACCCGCAGUCUCCCCAGUACCCGCAGUCUCCCCAGUACCCGCAGUCUCCCCAGUACCCGCAGGCUCCCCAGUACCCGCAGGCUCCCCAGUACCCACAGGCUCUUCAGUCCCCACAGGCAUCCCAGCCCACUCACCUGAAUAACGGACACUCCAGACCCAACAACGGCCACAGCUAUGGAUACGGGAACGGAACCGGGCACGCUCAGUACAACAACCCAGCAGGACUUUAUCAUAAUGGCAGCAAUGGAGACAGAUCUCUGCCAAGCAAGAUGGGAGGCCUUAGCAUCAGCGCCACACAUAGCCCGGAGCCUCCCACACAAUCCCCUACAGGCCGUAACGGUUUCGACCCCCAGUCAGACGUCUACAAGAUGCUGCAGGACUACGAGGAGCCCGUCUCUGCACCCAAACAGUCCGGCUCCUUCAAAUACCUCCAGGGAAUCCUGGAGGCUGAGGAUGGAGGUGUGUCCCCAACAGACAGAAUGAGAAACUUAAAGUCUCCAAUCAGGUCUCCAAUCCCCAAACUGGGAAGCCCCAUCCCCAGCCCCAUGUCUGGUCUUCAGAAGCUACCCCAGUGCACACGCUGCUGUAAUGGCAUUGUUGGCACCAUUGUGAAGGCCCGGGACAAGCUCUACCACCCCGAAUGCUUCAUUUGCGAUGACUGCGGCGUCAACCUUAAGCAGAGAGGCUACUUCUUCAUCGAGGACAGUCUGUACUGUGAGACCCACGCCAAGGCACGCGUCCAGCCCCCAGAGGGCUACGACGUUGUUGCCGUUUACCCCAACUCCAAGGUGGAACUAGUCUGAGAUAGAGAUGGAGCUGGCUAAACUGUAAAAUAACUGGGAAACUAAAAUGUGGGAGAAUGGGGCUACUGAGUAUCAGAGCCUACAUUUAUCAGGCUCUGUCAAGCAGGAAUGCCGAUCUUGGAUUCAGUUUUGCCUUUGGGAGAGUCCUAUUAAAUGUAUGUUUCAGUGAUCCAAGAUCAGCAUUUCUACACUGACACUCUUGAUAAAUGCUAUGUAUUAUUGAGCAUUGAAAUAUGUUGACAGAAUAAGCCUUGGAUCUGAUGAGAAUCCCAAAACUCAAACCCAUUACAAAAAAGUUGACGUGUAUGUCCCAACCCAACAGCCCUCAUUUCUCAAUCGGUGUUUACAUUAAAAUCUACAUGCAUGUUCAGAAAAGAUGUUCAUAUCCACAUCACAAGCACACCAUAUUACCAGAAUAUUCCAAGUAAUAACCCAGAAACAACAAAUGCACCGAGGGCAGAAGUCUGUAGAUAAUGAGAUGUUCAUGCCGUUUGAAAUUUCUACACCAGUAUACUCUAACAAUCAGCACAUGAGUUUAUUACCAGCAAAAUAUUAACUCACUUAUUAUAAAAUAGCCUUAAAAUAUCGACACUAGUGUGUGUGUGAUAUGUGUUAUCAGAAAUGAAUUUUGGGUUGAUUAUAGCCUUUGCUGAGAUGAAAUGUGCAGAGGAGUUGGUGGUUUUUCUGCCGUCUGACUAAUUUUGGAUUUAGGUUUUAUAAUGACAGUUUCCCAUGCUGCACAGCACACUACAAAAUGUCAGUCUGUGUUUUGCAAAGACACAGAUAUAUUGAUCUUCGGUUAAGGUGUUUAAAGGUUUCAUUGUCUUUAUUUUAUUAUACUCCUGUUGAGAAUGUACUUUUGCAUUUUGUAACAUACAUCUAUGCAGUUUAUUUUUCAGACUUUCUAUGUUACAAAACUGGGGAACUGGGAAUCUGUUUGAUGGUCACUUUUUUCUGCUUACUUUUCAGUCAUGUGAAACAAUGAGCAAUAAUUCAUUAUAAGCAAAUAUUUACAAGUAAAAUUGUGAGUGUCUGGAAUGUGUUUCAGUAUGCUUUGAUGAAGGAGUUUACCAAACUAUAACCUAUCGUUAUAAUUUGGUAGUUAUACUAAAUGCCUCAAUAUUCAGCUAUCCAAGCACCACCACCCUCUAACAUGUAAAUAAAACCCUGCAGGAGACAUCCUCAGAGUUCUGUGAGGAAGUUGAAAGAAUUUCUCCCAGAUGGGAUCACAACAACCUCAAUUUAUAAACAUCAAAUUGCAAGAAAUUAGACUUUAAUGAUGAAGUAAUUUAGCCUAAUGUAGUGCUUGCAUGUCUGCAUUGAUGAUAUUUUGAGCAAGCAUGACACACAUUCACAGAAGAUUGUAACUUAAGUACUGUCAAGCACCUGACUGAGAGAGGAAUUUCAACUCGCUGAAUUUCAACUCACAGUUCACUGGGUCUGUUAAUUAAAAACACUCCAUUUUGACACCAAGAUGCUCUCCGCCUCUCGUGACAACUUUUUUAAAUAGUCAUGUUUGAGAAUGGAGACACGGCCAUUGAAAACUGUCCACGGCCUACAACAUGUGGGAGUAAUAUUCACCUUGUUUAGUUUUUGGACCCACGACAUAGAUGCAUGACAGCUCCUCUUCGGAAGAGAGAAAAACACAGUUGGAAAGUUUGAAAUGUGCAUACUUGUAUUCCCUUCCUACUAUGAACUCAAAUUUCUGCUCACAGCCAAUGCAAAUGAAAUAUACUCCCAACAUUUCCUCGGAGAGGGGAAACAAGGGAGGGACAGAGAUGAGAAAGAGAAAUGAGAGGUCAGCAUGGAUUUUCUUUUAUUGACAGAAAUUCUCCUUGUAAGAAGAAAGAAGUGUCAUUAUGACUUCAAUAUGUGGCCAUCAGUCUUGGCUUAUUGUGAAUAGUGAAGUAAACUGGGUGGAGAAGAGUGAACUUAUUCUUAAUUUUAGAAAUGUUUCUAACAAAACUACUUUUUUUUUUAUUUGAAAUGAGAAAACAAAUUUUGCAGUGCUCAUGUCUAUGUCUCUUUGUUUUUCUAGAUGUCAACAGUGAUGUGUAGCUGCUGGUAUGCCAUCAAUACUAGUUACCUUGUACAUUAUGUGAAAAUUAUAUUGCUACCACAUUGUUUCUUUGGUAUUGUACAUAUUUGUUUUAUUGUAAUUGCUUUAACAUACAGUGCGUAACAUGUCACUCACAUGCCUUUUGCAUACCCAGUGUCUUUAAGUGAUUUCUUUGACACAAGUCCUCUUCUUGUGUUUAACUUAUUGUUUUACCAACACAUGGUUUUUGUUCUGGAGCUUCUCUUCUCUUCUUUUCAAGGAUCUAAAUAAAAUGAGAAGUGCAUUACCAUGA